AUGGAACGUGAAUUUGAGCAGAAAACGCAAGAUGCUAUUUACAAUCAAACGGUAAAGGAAUUGAAACUAGCAGAGCGCCAGAAGAAAGAUGCGGAACGUGAGGAACGAGAUGUAAAACACAUUGAUGAUGAGCUUAAGUAUAUAGAUCACAUAGAAAAACAGAAAUACGACAACCAGGUAGCGGAAGUAUCAGCGCUUGAUGGGAAUACAGUUGUGCUUCCAAAGACAUAUGGCAUACACGACUUAGACCCUUCCCUGCUAUUUUCCGGUACUGCAGCUCCUAGAUUAUCUCACGAUCCAGCGGUAUAUAGACGUAUCUAUGCGAGUGCUGCGGACCAUGUUGCAAACAUCGUAAAACAAAAGGUAGAUGAGCAAGACAUGAUUCAGAAUACUAAAACACGUCUUGGAAUGUUUAAUGGCGGUGAUGUCGAUAUUACAUACCCACUGCCAUAUAUGGCUCGUAACCCUGAUUAUUUAGAGCUUCAAAUUGACACCCCUAAGCGCGCAGUCCAAGACACCUUACAUGACAUGGAUCUAGAUGACCUUUAUUCCAACGCUGACAAUAUCUUGAGAGAUGAGUACAUAACUUCCGAUAUGACGUAUGGUAAAGACAAAGGCUUUUCAAGCGUCCCUCAGACUAAUUUCGAUUUGGACUUUGCACCCGGACGUAUUGGAGUUGAAGGCUAUGGAGAUCCCGGGAUGCCGCGUGACCCUUCCAGGGAGGUGUCUGAGCGCUUAGUUCCGGCAUUCGCUACUCCAGACAGCUGCCAAAAUCCCUGGUACGUUACCCCUUCAUCCACCUCUCCCACACCUCCAACCCCCGCACCUCUCCCAGUCACCGAUCAUCUGCCGCCCCCCAAAACCGUACGGGAAAUGCUCUACUGGUUUGUUGGAUUGAAUACACAAGGGUAUGUUGGAUUGAUUACAGACUAUAUCUAUAGCAUUUUGAAGGAUGCUAACAAAAAUGUCUCCAAGAUCUCAGAUGUUAUCGAAGUCACCGGGGACCCUACCAACCUGGAUGCUUCCCAUGUCGCCGACAAACUGACCGAGGCAUGUCUCUACGGGGCAAGCGUACUUUACAGGCUCAAAUAUCGUGAUGAUUACAAGGCUUAUAAUAAUUUAAAAUUCGAAUCGGAAUAUAGUAAGUUCCGUUAUGCCUCCGACCCCGCCGGUCUCCUCUGCCAGCUGCGUGACUACGUCUACGCCUGCCACCACCAGUUGGCAUUCCUGAAGGCGCAGUGUAAGCGGGAUAAACUAAGUGGUGGGUGGAAACAUUACCAUUAUGGCAGUGACAUCAAGACAUCGUCCCCCCUCCAGGCGUUCCUGACCGACGGCUGGGACUCCACCUUCAAGACUCACCUCUUCGACCCGUGCAACCUGUGCCUUAAGAGUCGUGUCAGGAUGGGAUUCAGAGAUAAGGAUUUGCCUAAGACAUCGCAACAGGGCAGUGUCAUUUCCACCAUCCUCACUCCCAGCUGCGGCGGUAGUGAUCCCCUGCUGACAUUGGCGUCCUACCUCAACUGCCUCACCAGGCGGACGCCGCGCACCACCGGGGAGCUUGUGUCGUACUUCCAUCAUUUCGGGAAUGAGCUGCACGAGUAUGCUUUGAAGGCACUUUCUUCACUAGGCACUGCCAUCACCAAGUCACAUGCCGACUGCCCUGACUGGGACUGUCUUGGUGCCUCCGACCUCCAAGCUGUCAGUGGCCUCCGAGGCUCCGAGGCUCUCAACAUGAUCUCCAAUAACAACCACGACAACGAGCAUCCCAAGACGCUGUCUACACUGGUUGGCUGCGGCAGUGACCCUGACAACUGCCCUCCGCAUUGCUCGCCCAUCACGUAUCGGGCCUACGCCCUGUACUCCCAGAGCUUCGCGCACACCUACCUCAGCUGGACGGUGUAUCUGCCGGACCUACUGUGGGAGUCACUCAAGAGACUACAUUAUGAUCUCAAGAAGCAUGUUAGCACCAAGUGUUCAUCCCUUUACUUGUGUUCCACUGCCCUGCCCCUCCUCUACACUCACGGGAUCACGCCACCGGAGGGCAAAUCGCAGUCGACAGUCAAGUGCUAUGAUGUUAUGAGUAAACUGAAAGAAAUUGUCGAUGGCAAGCCUAUCGCAUCACUCAUGACCGCCAUGGACAAUUUCCUCUACGGCAUCCGGGAGCCGUUCAUCUUCACUCUCGUGGCACUCUGGUCUCUCGCAUUCCUCGUCUUCGCCAACACGAUGCUGUACCGCCUGGACGUGCUGCGUAUACGAUCACACCUUAUCCGCACCAAAGCCUCCCACCACAUCGAUGUCAAGGCCCUGCUCACGAAAGGCCGGAAGAUGCUCUCACUUUACAAAGACGUCGACUACUUCGACGAGGACCCUAUUGGUUACCUUGGUGUUACGCACUAA